AUGCUCAAGAAGCGCGCGCAGUUCGAGCUCGUGUCGGGCGAGGGCCGCGACUACAAGAAGCUGCGCACCGUCAAGUGCCCCGAGGUGGACUCGGCGCUGGCCAACUGGUUCCUCUACUACCAGGCCAGGCGCUUCAAGCUGCCGGGCGACCUGGUGCGCCACAAGGCGCGCGUGUUCUACGAGCUGCUGGCCCCGCAGCUGCCCGAGAGCGUCACGAGCGCGCCACCGCAGUUCUCCAAUGGCUGGAUGCACUCCUUCAUGGGCAGACACGGCUUCUCGCUCGGAGGAGGCAAAGGCAGCAAAGGGGGCAGAGCACCGCGCACGUCGGUGAUCUCCACCCCGGACCAUAUCAAGACGGCGGUCAUGGGCGUGCCUCCGGAGAACGUCUACUGGCUGCACGAGACGCGGCUGUUCUACGCUAUGAGCCCCGACAGGCAGGCGCUGCCCACGGGCCACCACCCGGAGAAGAAGCUGACCAUGCUGUUGGCAGUUAAUGCCGACGGGAGUGACAGAAUCAACCCGUUCUUCGUCGGCCCACACCCGCUACCUGCAGAUGUCAAUGUGAAUGCGGAGGACCGACAGUACCAGUUCGCCUGCAACCACAAGGCCUGGGUGCCGCCCACGAUGCUCCGCGACUGGCUCAUGGCGCUGGAUUGGCGCAUGCGUGUGACUAACCGCAAGAUCGUGCUCAUUGUGGACUCGAUAGCUGCUAUGAGUGUGCAGAAGGCGUCGAUGUCGAAUGUCAAAAUGCACUUUGUGGAGCGGAACCACGCGGGAGAGCUCUGUGUGCGCGCUCUAGAGAUGGGGAUCGUGGCGGGGGUGAAGCGUCGGUACCGCCAUCAGCUCUUGGACUAUGCGCUGGAUCGACGCGAGGAAGGCCAGCUCGAUAUCUAUGAUGUUCCGUUGCAGCAAGUGGUGGAGUGGGUGACGCAUGGAUGGCAACAGAUCCCGCGG